AUGGAGAGUCAGGAUUCGCUAGUUGAUAGGAAUAGGAAGAAGUUUUACGAAACCAAAAAAAAUGUUGAAAAUAGACUGCAGGAACAUCUGUCCAGAUCAAGAAAUUUACUAUCGCAGCUGUAUUUUGGCUCAGAUGCGUAUAAACAAGGUUUUACUGCACAUGGUAAAGCGAACUCCAGCGGUCAAUUUUCUCCACAAGAUUAUAUUCCCAAGCCCACAGCAUCAGAUGAAGAAGAUUCUACAAACGUACCAUCCAGUUACGAUGAGAAACGGCUGUUUGUAGAGAACAACCUGCCCAGUGAUGGUAUACACAAGACACAGGCAACAUGGUUGUUACAAUCAUCUAACGUAGCAUGCAACUUGCCUAGUUCCAAGGUGGAUGAUGUAAAGAUUCCAGAGAUACUGUUAACAGAUCCACGUGACUUAUUACUGGGAAAAUAUGAAUCUGUGUUUAAGAUGGAUAGUAACAGUGACACACUCACACAGCUAUUAAAUAGUGAUGGUAAACUGAACAAGGAUGAUAAAAGAUCACUAACAUCAGAUAAUAAAAACAGUAAUUAUAUCUAUGGCAAAUCAUCCUUUGAUAUAAUUUCAACUCUUGAUUUUGCAAAAGUCGUUAGGAGCAGGGAUACCAAUGAGCAGGCGUUGGAUCAGAUGCUUAAUGAGGCAUGUAAGGAAUUAGAAUCACUGGCUUGCAACGUACUAGAUGACCCCAAGAGCUUUAAUAUUUCUGAUGUGGAUGUGAAACCUGAAAAUUGGAUGGGUGAAAGUGAAACUACAGCUGGACUUGAUGAAACCUUGACCAAAAAGUUUGAAGAAAAUUUUGAAAGAGAUUUUUCAAAAGAAAACAAUUUAUUGACUCAGGCACUAUUUCACAUUAGUGAACAGGACAAGGUCAGAGAAGCCGAAAUGGCCCCCAAGGCAAGAAUCGUGCGUGAGGAAACUGAGGAAGAAAAGGAAAAGGAACCAGAAAUUGAAAUGCAAGAAAACAAACAACUGAAUUGGAAAAACGUAUCGCAUGGACUAGAAACUGACCUACUUGGCAGUUUUACCAUUAUAAAGGAGGGUAAACUUGGAAGGAAAAUGUAUAGACUCUCUGAUUUUAAUCGCAAUUAUCAUGGUUCAACUGGAUUAAAUACAGUAUCUGUGGAGACUCAAACGGAAAUCAAAGGUCAAACUCCCGCCGAGUCUUCAGAGAAACCUAUCCGUCCAAAUGUCAGAGUAAAAUACAUCUCUACCGACGCUUGGCAACCUUCAUAUUUACCAGAGGAAAAAAGUAUAGUAAAACAAGAGGAUUUGUAUGCCCAACAGAUUAUACACAAUAGGCACCCAAAUAUUGGAGAUGGAUAUGCUGUAACUAAAGUACUAAAAUAUCGCAGAGAACGUCAAGAUCAAGAAUUUGCAAAUGGAGAGAAAUUACGCAUUAGUCACGCUAGAAGAGACUCUAUCAAGAAGGAACUAAUGGAAAAGGAAAAAGAAGAAAUGAAAGAGUGGAGGUUGCAAAAGAAACAGAUUUACGAGAGAAUGCAUCUAAAUAGAAAGUCUGGAAUGCACGGUUUUAUGCUAUGUAGAGGUGGAAAACACCGAUCCAGCAUUGUUCACUCUACAAAUUUAAUCGCAAAAGAGGAAGAAUUUUAUGAGUCUCCAAGUAAUAAACAAGGGGGAAAUUGCUACGGAUAUGAUGAUACAGAUUUGUUACCUGAGAAAAAUUUGAUAAAAUAUCCAAAAACUCCAUUUAAACUGCCGGCGGAAAAGGAUAUACCUCAUUCCAAAAAGACACUGUUUAAUACCAUAUCUAAUUUUGAUCAGUGGUGGAGAACAAAUACAAUCAAACCAAAUCUUACGGUCAAUCAAUUAUCACUGUAA